AUGCCCUUGAGAAGGAUUAGAAGCAAGCCUGAAAAGGACAAGGACAAGGAUAAGUCGGAGAGUGACAGUAGCAGAGGUCGCCAUAUAAUUGACAAUUUCCGAAGGCAGCUGUCUAAGUUGCCUAAUUUGACUGGGCCACUAAAUAGGAAACAACCGGGGCCAACUAUAUCAGCCAGUGAAUAUGAUCAUCUCAGUGACAAAGAUGUUGAAAACUUGCUGGAUAUGCAACGG